CUCGGGCCGCAGCCGCCUUUAACUAUGCUUCAUCUAGAGGUUCCAGCUGAAGCAAAAGCUUAUGCAUGGUGGUGUACAAUGCUUGUGGAAAAAUCACGCAAUAGCAUAACGACAUCAUCACAAUUGACCGGUAAAUCGCGUGCGCGCUCAAGCUAGCCCUGCACCUGAUAUAAGGCUUCGUAUGCGUGCUGCAUGGAUUUUUAUAUCAUCUUUCUCCGAGUUAGCGCGCCAUCAUGGGUUUCACAGUCCACAGUCAUGCUGAAGCCGUUAGCUCAGAGUCACAGCAUCCCCUGGAUAUUGAUAUCCUGACUAAUGGCAUUGAGUCUGAGCAUAACUUGGAUAAUCUGGACGUUGACCUCGGGGCUAUCGACACUGAGCGUCACUCUCACGAGCUCCCCACGUUCAAUUCUAAAAGCCUCACAAACCCCCCAUCUACCGUCCUCUAUCUACCUCCGCUACUUUCGUCUCUACCUCACGAGCUCGGGGUACUACUCCAUACAUCACUAGAACAGCAGCCUAUGCUCUCUGAGACCCGUCUACCUGAUAUAGACCCCGUAUCGCUAUCGUUGCACAAAGCUUUGUAUCAUUUCCAUCCGGCAACUCCGCAUUAUGCUGAAGUACCGUACGACGAAGCAUUCAAUUGGAAAGAGCUUGACCUUCCGGAGGACGAGGAGCGUGAGUGGUAUUGUGUUGCCUUUCGCAGCAAGCGAUUGCCUGGGAGCGACAGUGGACCUCUCUAUGAUGCCGACAAGUUAGCUCACGAGGAGGCCGUGCGUAGCGGUGGUCUUAUCAUGUAUUGGUAUGGUGUGCCAGAUCCAGAAACGGGCAUGAAUCUUGCGACGUGCAUCUGGCAGUCCCGGAAACAUGCAGUGGCUGCCAGCUCGCACCCGCACCAUAUCCGUGCAAUGAAGCUUGCAGCCGCUUCGUACGAGAUAUAUACUCUGGAGCGAUACAAGCUGCGAAAGUCACGGGGAGAACGUGGGGUGACCAUCGAGCCGUUUGACGGUGCUGAAGUUGUUUGGUAAUUCUCCAAUACCAGUUUAGUUGGAUUUAUAUACCAUCGCAAUACUUUCAUUUCAUUGAAUAAAUCUAACUUAGACUUAAGGAAUGUUGUGGAGUUUGAGUUUGCUAAUGAAAAUACAUGCUCAAAUUUGUUAAUGGUCAUCCGCCCAUGACUCAAUUGUGUCAUGACUAGUGUCUGAACACUGCGAAAGCAAUCCUUCAAUUUCA